UCAAGUUGUACUCAGUCAUAAUUGUAAGUUCCUUUUGGAUAAAGGCGUCAGAUAAAUGCUGUAAAUGUAAAUGAGCGGCACAUUCUGAGCUAUGCCCCUCCCAUCUGGAGUUUGACCGGCACGUUCUGAGUUAUGCCCCUCCCAUCUGGAGUUUUUCUUGACGGCAGAAAUGUUAAAAUAUGAUUUUUUAUUUAGAUUUGAUUUUCUCUCUCUCUCUCUUUUUAAAAAAAAAUAAACAUAGGCUACUGAAUUGUAUAUAAUUUUAGAAAACGCAUUAUCGUGGUUUAAGUCAACUUUGUCAUAUAUUACCAAUAAAAUAAUGCACAAUUAGUUAAAAGAUUACUGGUGGCACAACUGAGUUAUCAUUCAAACGGUUCUGGAAAACCGGCACGUUUUCCAUUUUCCAAAUGUAUAAGCAGUUGAAUGGUCUUUAUUAUUAUUAUUAUUAUUUUUUAAUAAUUAUUCAAGAUUCUAAGUGUGAGUUUUAAAUCGGGGUUAACCAUAAACCGAGAUCCAUCCUUUUUGCUUACAUUACAGUAAAUAAUCAAGGAGCUCUUGACGCGGCGAGGCCCGGAGACAUUUCACAUGACCGUGCAUGCACCCAACCAAACGCAGUCUCCGUGAGCAGGUGCAGACGACCCAAAGCAUGGCUGACAAGAUAUCCAGUUUCAGGUGACUGGCAGGGGCAGCUGAGGCACUGAAAGAUGAAUCUUCUCAUGAGACGUCGCCUCAGCGUGCGCGCAGAGCGCGGCCGGGGAAUGCGCGUUGCGCGCGUACUUUUGGAGAGCAAAUGACAACACGUGUUACGGGCUUGUUUCGCAAACUCAGGAAGAACCAUCAUCCACCGAGCAGUGCCAACGGUGCCUAUGUACGCCUAGGAACAGUGUCCAGCGUGUAGUAUGGGACAGCGAUGUUGUCCAGGAAAGGACUUAUUCCUGACGACUACGUGCUGACUCGCUUGGCGGAGGAUGUGCUGCAGCCCAAAUUCAAGGCGAAGCAGAGGAAGGCACGGUUCGUGGCAAAGAACGGAGCCUGCAAUGUAGCUCACACAAAUAUUCGCGAACAAGGACGGUUUCUGCAAGACGUUUUCACCACACUCGUAGACCUAAAAUGGCUUCAUACUCUUCUUAUAUUUACCAUGUCUUUCCUCUGCAGUUGGCUUUUGUUUGGCAUGAUUUGGUGGCUCAUUGCUUUCGCGCACGGAGACCUGGACGUGAAAGAUGACGACUUUGUCCCGUGCGUUACGGACAUCCACUCGUUUUCUUCCGCGUUUCUGUUCUCAAUCGAGGUCCAGGUGACUAUAGGAUUUGGUGGGCGAAUGAUUACAGAGGAAUGCGUGUCCGCUAUCGUAAUGUUGAUAAUCCAAAAUAUAGUAGGUCUUGUCAUUAACGCAAUCAUGCUAGGGUGCAUCUUCAUGAAAACGGCGCAGGCUCACCGACGGGCGGAGACACUGAUUUUCAGUAAACACGCAGUGAUUUCAGUAAGAAACAACAAGCUGUGUUUUAUGAUCCGCGUCGGUGACCUUCGCAAGAGCAUGAUCAUUAGCGCCGCGAUACGGAUGCAGGUGGUGCGGAGGACCACCAUGGACGACGGCGAAGUGGUCCCUCUAGACCAGAUUGACAUUACCAUGGACAACCCUGUCGGCACCAACGGCAUUUUCUUGGUUUCUCCGCUCAUCAUUAGUCACGUCAUCGAAAAAAGCAGCCCGCUGUACGAGCUGUCUGCCGUCGACCUGCAGCACGACGACAUCGAGGUCGUGGUCAUCCUCGAGGGAGUGGUGGAGACAACCGGGAUCACCACCCAAGCCCGGACGUCCUACGUGUCCGAGGAGAUCCUGUGGGGGCAGCGCUUCGUGCCGACCGUAUCCGAGGAAGACGGCAUGUACGCCGUAGACUACUCGAAGUUCGGAAAUACCGUCAGAGUGCCAACUCCGAGUUGCAGUGCGCGAAAAAUAGACGAAGGAGGAGGCAUGGCGCAACUUAAAAUGAAAGAUGCCGCUUCUAUGAGGUCCCCGGUGCGUAUACGAUUAAGACAGCCAAGUACCAUCCAUGAGUGACUUUUUUUAAGGGAAUUAUUUUGUAUUCAGAAAUUGAGUUGAGGAUAAACGCAACACCAGAAGCUGCCCCCUCUAGGUUCACACUUGCGCACCCAUAUCCUCCCAGUGGGACUCCAGACCCGCCACCCUUGGAUCUUCGGCGGGGGUCUUUUAACGCGCACCUGAAGCCCAGAUCUCCAUCACACAUUAUGAGUCUCUUCCCCAGACAGAACUGCACUAACUACUAUCCGUAAAAGAUAGAAACCGGCUGUUGUGGGCAUAUGGGCUGUUACAAGCAUAUUAUUUAUACAUUUGAUUGCCAGAUAAAUUCCGUUGCCUCUUUGUUGCUCCGGAACCCGCGAAAUGACAUGAUGGAGAUUUUAGUUUAAUAGGGGUUUUUUUGUUGUUUUUUUUAAACUGUUCUUGUCUGGCGAACCAUGUUUAUGUUGAUUGUCUCCAGAUCUUUCCUCAGGAUAAUUGUGUCAAAAUAAUUUUCUCGGCAUAAUAAAUGCGGGAUAUAUUUGGAGGACA